UAGACGUAGGAUUCAUGGUACAUUGUUUUCCCGUGAGUACAUUGAAGGUGUCAAAGAAUUUAUGAACUUCAUUCAAGAGAAAUUCAGCGAGGAUGAUAAAAUACUCUGCCCAUGUAGAGAAUGCCUUAAUCAUAAGUACCAGCAUCAGACCGUUGUGAACACGCACAUAUUGAUGUAUGGCAUGGAAAGUACAUAUACUCGUUGGAUAUAUCAUGGAGAAGACUUUGAUGUAGAUGUUAUUGAACAUCCUGUUGAUGUGCAUGACAUCGAGGAUGGUGACAACGUCGCUGACCGAUUUGAAAAGAUGUUUGAACACCUACGCACAACAGUAGAACAAGCUCAGAGUGAAACUGAAAAUCAAGAUGCUAACAAUGGUGGAAACCCUUCUGAGAAUGAGUCUUUUUUGAAGGAUGUGAUGAAGGAGGCAAAACGGCAGCUUUAUCAUGGUUGUACCAAGUUUUCAAGGUUCUCCUUUGUGGUAAAGCUUCUUCACUUGAAGUCAUACCAUAGGAUCCCGAAUAGUGCAUUUACUGAAAUUUUGAAGCUAUUAGCUGAAGCAUUCCCUGAACCCAAUACGCUCCCAAAAUCGUAUAAGGAAGCAAAGAACCUUCUAAAGGAAUUAGGCCUUGGGUAUGAGUCUAUACAUGUGUGCUUCAAUAAUUGCAUUCUGUUCAGAAAGCAAUAUGCCAAUCAUGACAAUUGCCCAGUUUGUGGCCGAUCAAGGUGGAAAGACCCUGCUAGAAAGAAGAUUCCAUAGAAAGUGUUGAGGCAUUUUCCAUUGGUGCCUAGGCUAAAGAGGAUGUUUCUUUCCAAAAAAGGCGCAGAAGAAGCACAAUGGCAUGAGCUAAAGAGGCAGCCCAAUGAGAAGGAACUGAGUCAUCCAAAAGAUGGUGAUGCCUGGAAAGAUUUCGAUGAAAAAUUUCCAGAAUUUGCAAAAGAUGCCAGAAACUUUAGGCUUGGCAUUGCCACUGAUGGGUUCAAUCCUUUUGGAAAUUUUAACACAACCUAUAGUAUGUGGCCUGUAUUUGUUAUACCAUACAACCUUCCACCUUGGGCAUGCAUGGAUCAGUCAAAUUUUAUGAUGGCUCUGCUGAUUCCAGGUCCCAAAUCACCUGGCAAGCACUUUGAUGUCUUUCUACAACCACUUGUAGAAGAAUUACUUGAGCUCUGGGAGGGUGUGCGUACAUAUGAUGCUCUUAGUGGAAAAAUGUUUGAUCUUCAUGCUGCAGUUCUAUGGUGCAUUCACGAUUACCCAGCUCUGAGCACUCUUUCAGGGCGUACCACAAGAGGCUAUUUUGCAUGUAUUCAUUGUGACAAACACCCACUUUAUUACAGCCCAAGGAGUAAAAUUGGGUAUAUUGGUCACUAUCGUUUCCUUCCAAGCGGUCAUCGUUUGCGGAGAAACAAUGAAUUUGUUGGUCUUCAUGAAAGCAAUGAUGAGCCAGGUAAAUUCUCUGAGAAAGAGUUGCAAGCAGAAUUGGAGAAGGUUAGACCUGGGAGACAACAAGAAAGUAGGAAAAGGAAGCGUUCUGACUUGGGCAGCAAGAAGGAUCAUGUGCCAAUUUGGGGCCGGAGGGUUUGUUUAUGGGAUUUGAAGUAUUGGGCAAAGUUGAAGCUGAGACACAAUCUUGAUGUCAUGCAUAUUGAGAAAAACAUUUGUGAAAACCUCAUUGGGACAAUUCUGAAUCUGGAGGGUAAGACAAAGGACACACUUAAUGCUAGGAUUGAUCUCAAAGAUUUGAAUAUUAAAGAAGAGUUGCAAUUGAGGAAGGAGGGAGACUCAUAUGUGAUGCCUCGGGCCCGAUAUACCUUGUCCAAAGAACAAGUUGUUGCAUUUUGUCAAUUUUUACGAGAGUUAAGUUUCACCAAACCACUGGCUCGCGCAACUACCCUGUGCACUGUGAUAAUAUGGGAGACAAAUACAAAGAUAAAGAACCCACUGCAUUGGAUUUGUUCAAGGAGUGCCACUAUAGCAAGAAAAAGAAAAGCUACACCGAUGUUGUCCAAGCUGCAAUUACCGAGAUGGAAAACAAGGCCUCUCAGCCUACAGAAGAUGGACAAGAAUCAAACUCUAUGACCAAGGCUGUAGCUGAAGUGCUUGCUAACCACACUAAGAAGCCAAGGUUUCUACAGCAUGUGGGGAUCCAGCAUGUCCAUGCGAGAUCUAGCGAUAGCAACUGUCAAGCAGAAUUGGCAAAGAGGGGCAAUGUCGAGCUUCGGGCUCUUGUUGACACCUUGACCAAGCAGUUGAAGGAGUUCGAAGAAGCAAGGAUCAGGCAAGACGAGGAGCACAGGAAGAGAGAUGAGGAGAACAGGAAGAAGCAAGCUGAGAUGGAUGCAAAACUAGACUUUUUGCUAAGUCAGUUGCAAGCAAGAUCAACUCAAGGGUAAGUUGUUUGUCCAAGAUCAGCCGUCGUCCCUACUUGAUACAUGGAAGCUAUGUGAAUGUGACAUACUGCUAGAACCUACCUUCUUAUUUUGUAAUGAUUUUGCUGUGCAAACUGCACA